CGGUCACAGUGAGAGUUUCACGCGAACUGAAAUACUCUUAGCCCGCUUUUAUGCACGCGUUUUUUGUCGCCUGUCGCGUGGCGACAAAAAACGCGUCGUUUUCUCAACGCAUUGUCUUGUAUGUAGCCAUUUAUGCAUCAACGACGGUGAGCCGCUCGAUGCCCGUGUCGCGGCGUUCUCAAAUUUGGUCGCCUGGAAUUUGAGAACGCGUGGCGACAGGCGUUUUUUGGUGGGUGUUGUCUAAAGACUGAAGACGUGUGCUACAAUGGAACAUCUGGAUGUCGAACUAUUCAUCGACGCAAUAGAAAAACGACCAUCUUUGUGGGAUUCAUCGUCAGGAGACUACAAAAACAGACAGCUUAAAAGAGACGAUUGGAAGGAAGUGUGCGAAAUUGUUAUCCAAAAAUUUGGGGAAAAAGAUGAAAAAGAAAGGCAGGAAAUUGGUAAGCAUUUCAUGUUAAUUACUUUAAUACAUACACUUACUAUUUUGUUUAAAUCAUAUGUUGGUGUUUUGCCAUGGCACAGCCCCUGCUGGACUGCUAAAAUAGUCAGCGAAAGCAUCUCUGUAUUUGUAAGCAGACUUACGUCCACGUCCUUCUGGUUCUGCUCUAUCAUUAUCAUGCAGCCCUGUUAUUGUCAAAGUAUCCUCAAAUCUGAUGCCAUCCCUCACACGAACAAAAUUGUGUAAUAUACAGCAAGCUUUGAUCAUGG